CGAAAAUGACCUUCACCGAACCACCGAGACCUGUGCCUCCCCCUUCUCCUGAAGCUAUCGGACCUGGUCUUACCUUGCUUCGACCCCAGACAAGGAAGGGCGUCGGACCGGGCCUGAUUGUGCUCGUAGACGAUUUUGCCGCUGGUGUUGAUAUCCGCAAUGGCGUGCCCUCGCCACUCAUGAAAUGGGCAGAAGAAGGAUACAAUGUCAUCGAAGUUACUUCAAAGGCAUGGGAUGGAUUUCUCAAUCCAAUAGAUGAAUGCGUGGCUUCACUAAGUGCGCCUGGAAUUUGCGAAGAUCCCGGCAAACUUGGACUACUAUGCUAUUCGGAAGCUUUAGAGCGACGCUUGCGAACGCAUGAGUUGCCUCGAUCUGCGAUAGUGGCAGCAGUCCUGUAUGGCGAUGCUAUUGAUACAGCAUCCGAAAAUGCUCGAAUACCCUUCUUGAUUCAUUCCCGGAAAGAGUUGCAAAACAAGCCUGAGCUAUCGAAGAGCUAUGCAUAUCCUGAACAAGCAUCUUCUCGCUUCGCAACGCCAUACAACGAAGAUUUCAGUUAUGCUGCAGAAGCGAUCUCUCACACACGAAAUUUGACAUUCUUGAAACGGCACAUGGGAGGCCCAUACUUUGAUCUUGAGACCAUAUGGGACGAGCACACGUACUAUGAGUUUGAAGCGCGGUCCGUUGAACACACGAUGAACACUAUGGUUGCCGAACCUUAUGUGAAUCAUAUACCGACGCUCACUGGAGGAAUUGGUCGUGAGGCUCUGACAAAUUUCUAUCGAGAUCAUUUCGUGUUCUCAAACCCGGAAGGGACAAGCUUGGAUCUCAUCAGUCGGACGGUCGGUGUAGACCGCGUCGUGGACGAAUUCAUUUUCAAAUUGAACCAUAACAAGGUGGUUGAUUGGUUGCUUCCCGGAGUACCUCCAACCUUCCGAGACCUGGCAAUCCCAUUCAUCGCUAUCGUGAAUAUUCGCGGUGAUCGCCUGUACCAUGAGCACAUAACUUGGGAUCAAGCAACCGUGCUGCGACAGGCAGGAGUCCUACCAGAUACAUUGCCGUUUGGAAAGGAUGCAGGCGAAGAAGUCCGCUUGCCCGUGGCAGGCGCAGAAGCAGUCGCCAAAAUGCGUGACAAGAACUCCGUGGCAAGUAAUCAAAUGUUUCAGUACGGUGUUCAGAUCGUGUCCAAGGAAGCACGUUGAUACACAAUCAAAUGGCCCGCAUCCGGAAUACCUUUUUUCCUUUUAGAGAAUUUGAGACGAUAUGAUGGUGUGGUUCAAAAAAUCGUGCCGGCACGGGAUCCUUGUGUAUUCAUCCCUGGCUUGCCCAUAUCUAGGAAAUGUCCAAAUGCUUUCCCAGAGGUAGUCUUCUAGAAGGUCGACGCGGCAAUGUUCAGACCGAGC